UGGGCCUUUGCUUCCGGCCGCCAUCAGGAUGUCGAGUUCGAGUGCGACGGCAGCCGCUUUCAACAAAAUCCUUAGCCAACCCAAGUUCUCCAGCAAGUCUUGCGCGUCUGGCGAGCCUGACGAUGGUACGAAAAAGCUGAGGCGUAUGAUCCUCGUCGAGGGGAUACCAUCACAGGCUGACCCUACACUCCGGCCGCGCAUAUGGAAGAUACUGCUUCGAGUCAACGAUCUUUCUGCGAACACCUUUCUGCGUUAUGUCUCCAGGGGACCAUGUGAAGUACGCGAGAAGAUACGAAAUGAUACGUUCCGAACUCUGGCGACAGACCGGGGUUUCAAGGAGCGAGUGCGUGAGGACAUGCUGGUGCGCUUAUUGGACGCAUUUGUCUGGCGGAGUCAAGAUCGAUCAGAGACGCAGACCCUGGGCUUCACGUAUGUCCAAGGCAUGAAUGUGCUGGCUGCGCCCUUCCUGUACACCAUGCCCUCGGAGCUUGAGGCGUUCUUCUGCUUCGCAAAGUUCAUCGAGGAGUCAUGCCCUCUCUACGUCCAGCCAACCUUAGAGGGCGUUCACAGAGGGUUGAAGCUGCUUGAUCGCUGCCUGAAAAUCGUUGAUCCCGAUUUGUUUGGCCAUUUGCGAUCCAAGAACCUCUCUGCCGAGAUAUACGCGUUUCCCUCUGUUCUGACGCUCUGCGCGUGCACGCCCCCGCUGGACCAGGUGCUCCAGCUCUGGGAUUUCCUGCUGGCUUUUGGGGUACAUCUGAAUGUGCUCUGUGUCAUCGCGCAGCUCCUGCUGAUGCGAGACGAGGUCAUGGCUUCUUCGAGUCCCAUGCGCCUUUUGCGAAUCUUCCCUCCGUUACAAGCUCAGCCAGUCAUUGGUAUCGCUGUAACGCUGGUGAGAGAUCUGCCAACGGACCUGUACGAUGAACUCGUGCGGCAUCCGUAUGAACUCGAAGGCGCCUGAUUGCAUGCCACCCUUUAUCGCUGUCGCCAUUGUUCUCCGCCCUGCUGUCGAUAACUUUAUUUAUCUGUUCCCUUUCGUAUUUCCACACUUCGCUCAUGGUCCGUGAACAGAAUUGCAUACAGAUGGAUACCUUUACUACUGUUACAAUGCACGUCGGAGAGAGUAGAUCACGAAGAGAUUGACUGUUCAUGCUCAAA